CCCAAGUGGCCAGACAGACCAUUCAUCUCUGAAUACCAGGACCAGCUAUCAUUGAAGCAUGAGUUCCCAGCAGCAGAAGCAGCCCUGCACCCUGCCCCCUCAGCUGCAGCAGCACCAGAUGAAACAGCCUUGCCAGCCUCCACCCCAGGAACCAUGUGUUCCCAAAACCAAGGAGCCCUGCCACACAAAAGUGCCUGAGCCUUGCCAGCCCAAGGUGCCUGAGCCCUGCCAACCCAAGGUGCCUGAGCCCUGCCAACCCAAGGUGCCUGAGCCUUGCCAACCCAGUGUGCCUGAGCCCUGCCAACCCAAGGUGCCUGAGCCCUGCCAACCCAAGGUGCCUGAGCCCUGCCAACCCAAGGUGCCUGAGCCUUGCCAAUCUAAGGUGUCAGAGCCCUGCCCCUCAACCGUCACUCCAACACCAGCUCAGCAGAAGACGAAGCAGAAGUAACAUGGAUCACAGACAUGCCCUUGAAGAGGCAACCACUGGAUGCUUCAUCCCCCUUCCCGUUUUGCUCAUGAGUUCCAUUUUUCUUCUGACCUUAAAAUUAGCAUGCUGUCACCCUGAGUCAUAAUCCCUCCUUCUUGAACCCCCUAAAAAGAUGUCCCUCACAUUUACUAUGGAGGGUUUCUGGAGCCCCUGAGUGUGACUCAGUCUCACUGAAUGAGUAGGUCUUCCAGGGGCUCAGAGUUAAUCUGAAGAGGGAUGUUGGGAAGGAUCAAGUGAAUUUUCCCUGUUCUGUCCUCAUUAAAUCACUUUUAACU